CACAACGAAGGGAAGCUUGUGUAAGGAUGGCACCACCGACGCCGGUGCUCAGCAGAGAGGACGUGGCAAGGAUGUAUAAGCCACCGAGCGACUUGUCCGGCUGUAUAUACAAGUCGAUAACGCAGAACAACUGCUCGUUUGAAGGAGGGCUGGUUCAGUGCGUUCCCUUUAAGAGGGUCUUCCGGGACUGCCCUGUGGGCUCCAAGGGGAAGAGACAGGUUGUCGAGAUUACCGAUGAGUCUACGAACGACGUUUUUGGCCAGUUCAAGGUGUUUAUGAGGAUAAUUGAUGACCAGUGAUGAUGUGCUACGACUAUAAUUAUGCUGUGUAGGUGCUGAUGUGAUAUUCGACCCUCGGAUUUGGAUUCAGUAUUAUCGUCUGAUUAUAGCGUUGAAUGUAAAUACAACACGUGAAGCGAAUCCUCAGGUUUCGGGACUGUUUUCUACAAUGGCUUAAAAGGAAUUCCUUGAACCAUUGCAUUUCCUCCUUCCUCCAGUUUAGAGGGAGAG